GCCUCGCCCUGUCCCCUGUCCAGGCCUGCUUCUCUGAUUGUCCAACUCUUCCGCUAAUACAAGACAAGAAAACAUGAGUCUCGCAUUUGUCAACGCGCUAGAGUGUAAAGAACCCCACGCCGACGAAAUAUGGAGCAUUGCAUGGACAUCCAACGAUACCAUAGUGUCUGGGUCCGCAGACGGAACUGUCAAGCAGUGGGACUCUACGUCAGGUCAAGUAUCACUAUCUCGUCCACCGCAUAACCUCGCAGUCGUGUCGCUGUCGGUAUCCCCGGACGCGCGGUUCGUCCUGUAUAACAGUCUCGAAGGGACGACGUGUCUGUGGGAUAUCCAAGCAGAUAAAAUCGUGGGGAAACACGAGAGUUAUGACCGCUCGGUGGUCGAUGGUGCGGAGCCGUCAUGGUCGGUAUCCCUCAACCCGAAGGGUGGCACAUACGCUGCCAGUAGCGGAUCAGGAAACGUGACUGUUUUCUCUGCGAACCCCGAUUCAUUUGGCAUCAAACAAGGCACCCUCAUCAGUGGUAAAUCCAAGUACGGUAUGGUAUGCAAAUAUAGCCCGGAUGGUCGCCGAAUAGGACUCUCGCUCGAAAAUGGCCAGCUCUUCAUAUUUGAUGUCGACUCUCAAUCACUUACAGCUACGUAUUCCUCGCACGCAAUGACAGUUCGCGACUUCGCAUGGUCAUACGAUAGCAGUUUACUUCUCACGGCGUCUGACGACAAGCGCCUCACGCUGCAUGACGUCCGAUUGACGCCAUCUGGAAAACCAGGAUCUGGGGCUGUAGCUACGCUGGUUGGGCAUUCAUCGUGGGUGCUCAGUGCGGAUAUAUCGCCAGAUAGUCGCCUUGCUGUAUCUGGUUCUGCGGAUAAGUCUAUCAAAGUAUGGGAUCUCUCUGCCCGGUGCGCAGUGUCGACCACCCACGAGUCCGGUGAGAUUUGGAGCGUGUCGUGGCGCCCGAAACCAGCUGCGCCGGGGUCAGCAGGCGCGUUUGUGAGUGGUGGGCAGGACGGGUGUGUGAGGUGGUGGAGGAGCGCUGGGGUUUCGGGGCUGUGAAGUAUGUACUUUUUCUUCUGGAGGUGUUGCUGAUCGAUCAUGCCCACAUGGGGGAUUUUACAUAGACAUAGACAACCUGCUCGGCGAUUGAUGUGAAUCAGGCAGGCACCUCCAAACAAGAUUCCAAUCAGAGAUGAGGAACGCCAAUAGCAAUCAGAAACAUACUUGAGCAGCAGAAGUUAAGAUUUCCAGCGCA